GCGAGCAAUGUCUCACAGCGGAUGGGUUCGAAGUGAAACCUCUACAAGUCGAAACAAAGGCGUAUUGUCAGGAUGAUGGACGAUGCUGUAGGUCACGCCAAUUCCUCUGUUCGUUUUCGACGCUACACAGGAUCUCGCAAAGCACCAAGCCACCGAAGACUAUCUCUCCCUCGAUGCAAGCUCCAAGUUACUCCACUACAACCCUCGCGAUCUCGUCCUCCUCGCUCAGGAAGUGCGACAAUGAGGAAAUCGAUGAGAAGCGGACGCCGAAGGGACAACAACAACAAAACAAUGGGUCAGAAUCGUGCAACAGAGGGAUUGUUGGGAUUUCGCGGGCGGACGGGCGGGUGUGUUCUGGGAAAGGGCAACCCGGUCCCUUCGGCCGCCCGUCCGCGGCUGCCCGUGCCGACCGCAGGGUCGCGCAGUAGCAGCCGUCGAUCGAACGGCGAUGAGGACGGAUAGGAGCGAAAAAAAAACGGG